GGCUUGCUCCCGACAACGAUGCAUACAGCGGCUCAGCCACGUCCUCUGGGGCCCAGAGCUCCAGCGAACUCACCUUCUCUUGGGGCCACUUCACCACUCGUCAUUCGGAAACCGGCCCGCCCAACGCUUACUGUCCCAGCAGCCUCUCCUCCAAACAGAUCGCCUUCGCCAAAACUUUCCCUAAGCAUUCCUGGCCGUGCACCGACUCCCCGCAUGCGUCUUGGGCUUGAGAUCCCCACAUCAACAAGCAAAGACACUUUCCAGGGCGGAUAUUACGGCGGACCAUUGGACACGACUGCGAAGACAGAGCAUGCCGAUGAACCGACAAUCAGACCUGACGCGACAGCUACAAUUGCCCCCCAACAUCCAGCAAUUUCCGAUAUCCAAUCGUUGCUCGGUGCACUUGAACUUAAGAGUUCGUCGUCAAAGUCCCAGCCACCGAGUGAUGCCGAAGACGAUGCAUUUCUCACCACUUCACCCCGUCUAUCGUGGAGCGAUUCAGUCCUAGAAGAAGUCUCUCGGCUUGGGGAGGGUGCCGGUGGUGCGGUUCAUAAAGUCAAGGACAAGCGCACUGGCAAGAUUUACGCUCGGAAAACGAUAACUACCCGGGAAGCACCAAUGAAGCAGCUGCUUCGCGAACUUUCGAUUAUAUCAUCCACCGAACAUAUCAAUAUUAUUCUCUUUCACGGGGCUUACAUGUCACCAUCCACCAGCGAGGUCAAAAUCCUCAUGGAAUAUUGUGAAGGGGGUAGCCUCGAGGCAGUUAGCAAGCGCCUCAAGGAAAUUAAUGCCGUCGUCGGAGAGAAGAUUGCUGGGCGUCUGGCCGAAGGCGUCCUGCAAGGCUUGCAUUAUCUUCACACGAAGAAAACGAUCCAUCGAGACAUCAAACCUUCCAACAUUCUGUUAUCGCGAGAGGGUGUCGUUAAGCUCUGCGACUUUGGUGUCUCUGGCGUGCUGGAAAUGUCAUUGGCGGGAACUUUCACCGGAACGAGCUUCUACAUGGCGCCGGAAAGGAUAUCUGGGCAACAGUAUAGCAUUCGUUCGGACGUAUGGUCGACUGGCAUUUCCUUGUUGGAACUCGUCCAAAAUCGUUUCCCGUUCCCUAAUGAUCUGCCACCAAUCGAAUUGAUGAUGUACAUCACCGCUGGCGAACCUCCACGGCUUGAGGACGAGGGCGAGCUCAAAUGGAGUGACGAGAUGAAGGAUUUUAUCAAACAAACAUUGACGGUUGACGCCUCAUUACGACCCACACCGGGCGAUAUGCUGGCACAUCCGUGGGUGGUCGAUGCAAUGAAGCAAGAAGUACAUAUGGCUCGAUGGAUCCGUAAGGUCUGGAAUUGGCCAAAAGCGACGAGGCGAUCGCGAGACCACAACAGCAUAUCGCAAAGAGAGGGUUCUCCGAGCGAGUCACCUAAGCCAAAUGGGAGUUGA